AUGGCAGUAGUCCUUCAUACAUUUCUAAUGCUUGGAUCAUUCUCAUGUAUCUUUCUUUUUGCGCCCAUUUUCGGUGACCAGCGAGCCGAUGCGGAUUGGUGGUGCAGCCAAACACCAUACCCAGAAACCUGUAAGCAUUCCUUGAGCCACCAGAACCUUAACCCUAAUCUGGCCAUGCAAAAGUCUGAUUUCUACAAACUGGCCCUGCAGCUCGCUCUCAAAGGCGCCAUCGAUGCCAAUGGCUUCGUAGUUUCGCUCGGUUCCAAGUGUCGAAACGAUCGCGAAAAGGCUGCAUGGGCAGAUUGUCUCAAACUCUACAACUACACCGUCUUCCGCCUCCAGCAAACCAUUUCGACCACCAACAGCACCCAGGGCGACGCGCAAACAUGGCUCAGCACCGCCCUUACAAACCUUGAGACGUGCCGCUCCGGUUUCAUCGAGGUCGGGGUCAUCGACAACAUAUUGCCAUUACUGUCAAUUGAGAAUGUGUCCAACUUGAUCUCCAACACCUUAGCACUCAAUAGAGUUCCACACCCAGUGGAUGGCAAUCAACCAGAAGAGUUUCCCAGUUGGGCUAAAUCUAGCAACCGAAAGCACGGGCAGGGCACCCCGAGUUCUUCCCUGCCAGUUUUUCAGGCGAAUAUUGUGGUGGAAAAGGGCGGGUCGGGGAAUCGGAAGACCAUAAACGAGGCGAUUGCCGCGGCAUCGCAGCGGAGGGGAGACAGCAGGUUUGUGAUUUAUGUGAAGGCUGGGGUGUAUGAAGAAAAAGUUGAGAUAGGGAGUGACUUGAAGAACAUCAUGCUGGUGGGAGAUGGUAUUGGGAAAACAAUAAUCACUAAUAGCUUAAGCGUAAGAGGAGGUUCAACAACGUUCAAUUCAGCUACAGUUGCUGUUUUUGGAGAUGGAUUCAUUGGCCGAGACAUCACAUUCCGAAACACUGCUGGACCAAAUAAUGGCCAAGCUGUGGCUCUGCUUUCCAUGUCCGAUCUCUCGGCGUUCUACCAUUGCAGCUUCGAAGGGUACCAAGACACUCUCUGCGUCCAUUCCGAAAGACAGUUCUUCAGAGAAUGUGACAUAUACGGAACCGUAGACUUCAUAUUCGGAAAUGCUGCCGUUGUCUUCCAAAACUGUAACAUCUACGUAAGAAAAGGCCAUAGUACCAACACUAUCACUGCCCAAGGUAGGUCUAACCCUGACCAGAACACCGGAAUCUCUAUACAAAAUUGCAGUGUCAUGGCGGCCGCCGACCUCGCAAAAGGAAAACAAUGCCCCCCAACGUACCUCGGAAGACCGUGGCGCCUGUUCUCACGCACUGUGUUUCUUGAAAGUUUCCUUGAUAAGUUGGUAAAUCCGGCGGGCUGGCUGGAAUGGGAUGGAAGCUCUUCACUUAGCCACUUGUAUUAUGCAGAGUACAGGAACAAGGGACCUCGGUCAAUAACCACGCAUAGAGUGAAAUGGCAAGGCUUUCAUAUUUUAACUAGCCCUAUUGAAGCUGACCCAUUCACCGUCGAGAACUUUAUCUCUGGCAAAACAUGGCUGCCAUCCACCAAUAUAGAUUUCAAUCCGGGCCUUUGA